AUAUGUUUAAUUAUCACAGCUGUUUUUGAUGAAAUUGUAAAGUGAAGGGUUUUCAAUUUGUUUAAAGCCAAGUUCAGUGUAGCUAUAAAGUAUGGAGCAAUUUAAAGGAUUACAAAAGACAUUGUACGUCUGGUCAACCUCGGAUGGUUUGGAGAAGCAAGUCAGCGAACUUAAAACAGCCACAGGAGGCGAAGUGCAAGUGGAGAACAUCAACCGAUUGACUCUUGCGUCUUAUGCAAAUGCGUCAUUCGAUUUAUUAGUCAUAGAAAAUGCCCAAUUAACUGAUGCUUUUGGUAAAUUGUUGCAAUUGUUAAAACCCAAGGGAAAAUUACAUCUACUCUCCUAUGUGGGCAGCACCGAAAGUAUUUUGCAGGAAUUGAAAUUGUCAGGUUUUUUAAAUAACACUACAAAGGAUGGAACCAUAACAGGCGAGAAGCCAGGCUACGAGACAGGAUCUGCAGUGAAGUUGUCCUUUGCCAAAGCAAAACCCCAUCAAAAGCCAGCAGCUGUAUGGAAAAUUGAUGGUGACGAAGAUGAAGAGGAUCUAAUCAAUGAAGAUGAUUUGUUGGAUGAAGAGGACAAGAAGAAGCCAGAUCCGGAAUCAUUAAGAGUUUGUGGUACAACUGGCAAAAGAAAGGCUUGCAAAGAUUGUUCCUGUGGCCUAGCUGAGGAGUUAGAGGCUGAAAAACAAAACACUAAGGUUGAGACAAAAAAUGCCAAGUCCAGCUGUGGCAGUUGCUAUUUAGGAGAUGCUUUCCGUUGUUCCACUUGCCCUUAUUUGGGUAUGCCAGCUUUUAAACCUGGUGAAAAAGUACAAUUGGCUGGAAAUCUUUUAAAAUCGGAUGUUUGAAGAAACUUUGCUUAUAAAUCGAUUCUAAAAUGCUGUAAAAUUCCAAAAAAUAUAAAAUUUUUUAAGUUUUAAAA